GAUUUCCGUGAAGUGCCGCAAUAUAUCUCUGAUAGUACGCCAUGCACGCUAGGGCUAUAGAGUUGGUCUGUUUGAUUACAAGAAACUCACUGGAAGAGGAACUCUAGUGACUGUGGACACGAUAUGGAGUGGGCUUCUGUGAACAUAUCGACUGGAAGUGAACACGAUAUUUAAUGGACGUCUCGUAUACUUGAAUAUGAUCUCUUGGAGUUCUUGUGUAUGUGAACAUGGUCUUUGACUCAAAGAACUCCUUGGAUUCCUCACCCAAUAUCUGAGACUGUCAUCGGGGGCUAUAUCUGUCUCCCUGUGAUGUCAAUAUAUAUGUGCCUGUAUACCAUUACUAAAGAUUCCGUGAGAAUGUUUACACUAGAGUAUCGCCCGUUGACAUGUCCAAGCAGACCUCUUUGAUGUUUUAUCGGAUUUUGAUUUGGUCAGCGUCUUCUGAUGAAUGACCACAGUGGACGACUGUCCUGUAAUCUCUCCUGGACUCCGUGGUCAGUUUGACAAGGUGGUCCAUUUGGAUAUCAUUACCAUUUCAAGGAAUUAAGGUAACAGUUCAGAAACACAAGCUGGAUGCUGACGGGGGGUCGGGCCUUGUUGGCACCGUGGAUCUCUUGUUACUUCAGCAGCAUGGGAAGUCACACCCCAGCUAACCAAUCAGCGUCCACGCAUGAUAUUCACGAGUAAAGACUCGCGCGAGCACUCGAGGUGAAACGAGCUUCUCCAAUACUGCGCCAGGAUACGCAUGAAAAACGUCAGGCGAUAUACUCAAGGAGAACAACAUUUCCCAGACCAUUUGUUACACUUCCAGAGGAUCGGGGCGAUGAUCGAGACAAAGUUUGUGAUCUGGUUUUCAACUGAUUGUAUUCAUGUGUAGUAUUGUGUAGUACACGUCUCCACUAUGCUGGGAUACCUGUUGACUGUGAUUUGCUGGUUAUGUUGUGCCACUGUUAUUGUGGAUUGUGAACCUCUCAGCGGACCAGUUGUGAAGAUUGGAAGAUGUAGAGCAAGGUGUUUGGAUAAGCUUCUUAACGAAAGUGUUUCUGGUGACGAAUGCCUGACAACGCCCGACUGCCAUAUGUGUUGGAAUUUCUGUGACAACCUGUUCACAAAGUACCGGUUGUACGGAGUUGUGUGUAAUGUGGAUAAAGUAUGCACACGUGGGUGUGAGAUUGCCUGCGACUUCAGACACAAGCCGCCAGGACCAUCGAAAAAUCAACGCUGGGCAUUUUCCACGGGAGAUGUAGAGACGAGACGGAACUCACGAGUGACGGACAUUCAGUGGAAACGUCCCAAGCCUCCGACUUCCUUUAAGUCCAAGAAGUCUCUGGUGUACAUCAUAAUGGUUCGGAGGAAGGGGAGCAAGGAUACCUGGAAACAGCUGAAACAGGUAGCAUCUCAUGCUGUCAGCUUCGAAACUGACACCAUGCCGGAUCCCCCAGAGUUUCAGUUGCUGGCUGUUUCCAACAGAGGGAUUGUGGCCAGAUCCAAAAAAUUAUCACCAGAGUCCUUUGUUAAAGAAACCUAUGCCUUCCCGAAUGGUCACCUGGAGGAUGGCCGGAGCGCCACCUACACACCAGACAUCAGUCCCAUGAACAUCACCAUUGACAUGAAGAUGGUUGCCGGCAAGCUUCAGACGUCCCUUGACUGGAACCAUCCCAGUGCUGAAGUGCUGCCUUGUGCCAAGAACGAUGAGCCAUGUUUCUAUGAGAUGAACUGGUUCCUCACCGACUGUGCUGCCUACCCAAGAGCUCCAUCCUGUGAGACGUUGCCGUACCACACUGCUGAGACCACCCAUUUCCUCUACCAUGAAAAGCCAAAUUUCCGCAUUCCUGACAUUGAGUUAAACUCCCUGUACAACGUGUUAAUCAGCAUCAGGGAUGCCCAUGGAGAAGCAGUUGAAGGGAAAACAUCAUUCAAGACGCCAUUGUGUCUCAAGAUGAGCAUUGACAGAACCACCUGUAACGAUGACCUGGAUGUCUUCGGACAAAACAACCCAGAUAAUGUUCCUGCUAAUCUGAGUCUAGCUGUCUCUACUAUCUACCCUGAAACAGUCUCUAGCACAGAUAUUGAAGAACUGAAGCUACAGAUCAACGAAAACCCGCAGAUGACCUUUAACCCUUCGACAGGGAUGAUGGAGGUGAACGUCACAUGGACGAGUGUCCUGAACCAGUCUGUGUUUGAGAAGUACCAAGUGUUCUGGUACACGGAUGAUGAUGAAUACAACCCCAAGCCUGGCCAGAAUGAAACGGUCCAGACUCACAUGAUCCUUGAGCUGGAAACAAAUAGACUAUAUACGAUUGAUGUGACAGCAUACUACACAGAUGACUACAGCGAGCCGUGCUCAAUCACGGAUGCUAUACAACUCCUCACCCAGAGAAACCUCAGUUCCUCAACCGUCAUUGCUCAACCAAUCAAACAGCCUCACAAGCAGGAUCUAAGUACUCUGAGUGGUGUGAUAGUUGGCGUCGUGGUGGCAACCAUCCUCAUCGUAGUUGGUUUUGUGGUUUUGUUCUACAAGAAGAGGAAGAGUUUCAAGGAUAUUAUCAUCACCAAGACAUUUGUUACCAAGAGCAACAGCUACAAGUCUAACGUUGGAGCUGGCAAGUCUAAUUACUCGAAUCAGCUGAUGGUAAUUAGCGACGAAUGGGAACUUGACCCCAAGCAAUUGAAAUUCAGCACUCAACUUGGUCAGGGUGCCUUUGGCAAGGUGGUUACAGGGUACUACUGUGACCAGAAAGUGGCCAUCAAGCUCAUUAAAGAGGGAGCCCCACUGUCCUACAAGGAAGACCUGGUAGCAGAGAUCAACCUGAUGAAGCGUGUCGGAUCUCACCCCAACAUCGUGGCCAUGAUUGGAGCGUGCACCCUCAAUGAGCCCAUUGCCCUCAUCAUGGAGUUUAUACCUCACGGCAAUCUCCAGAACUUUAUGAAGAAGUGUCGUCUGGAAGGGGAUCUUCGGAAGCGGUCUGAUGGUGCCAGUGAAAUUGCAUAUUCCAUGGUUGAUGAUUCCGGUGGCAUUGAAAACUAUUUCAUCACCCCGACUGACAUGUUGUCCUUCGCUAGACAAGUGGCCAUGGCUAUGGAAUACCUAACUGAUCGAAGAUACGUCCAUCGUGACCUUGCUGCCCGGAAUGUCUUACUCGGCCCGAACAAGGUGGUCAAGCUGUGUGAUUUUGGCCUGUCACGUGACAUCUACAAUGACAACCAGUACAAGAAACUGACCAAUGGGAAGCUUCCUCUCAAAUGGAUGGCUAUCGAGUCUCUGAGGGACAGAGUGUUCACCACCCAGAGUGAUGUGUGGUCAUUUGGCAUCCUGCUCUGGGAAAUCGUUACAAUGGGUGCUUCCCCCUACCCUCAUAUAGCCCUGUCUGAUCUGUACUACGUCCUUGUGAAUGGCUAUAGGAUGGAGAAGACGAGCAACUGUUCAGAUGAGCUGUAUGCCCUCAUGCUGCAGUGCUGGGCAGCUAACCCAGCAGACAGACCCUGCUUUACCCAGCUCAGGAUGAUGCUGGAAGAACUGAUGGAGGAAGACAGGGACUACCUGGUCCUUGAGAACAUCAAUGUUCCUCUGAACACUUCGGAGAACAGCAGCAGCUCUUCUUCAGUGGAUGACAUGUCAACCCAGCCUUCGGGAACAUCCUCCGGGGUGCUAGUUGUGGCCAUGCCCAAGGAGUCACUGCGAGUGGAUGUGUGUAUUCACGGAAAGUCCACAGAUAGACUGCUGAGGAAGUCUGAGAGUGAUUCAAGUCCCUAGGACCAGGACAGUGUGUGUUGUGUGACUAUGUGAUAUGAUGUUGUGUGAGAGGAACCCAUCAACAUGGGACAACUGUCGUCAUGGUUUCAAUGGCUGUCAUCAUGGUUUUUAUGUCUGCCUUCAUGGUUUCAGUUGCUGUAGUCAUGGUUUCAGUUGCUGUAGUCAUGGUUUCAGUGACUGCUGUCAUGGUUGCAGUGACUGCUGUCAUGGUUGCAGUGACUGCUGUCAUGGUUUCAGUGACUGCUGUCAUGGUUUCAGUGACUGCUGUCAUGGUUUCAGUGACUGCUAUCAUGGUUUCAGGGACUGCUGUCAUGGUUUCAGUGACUGUUGUCAUGGUUGCAGUGACUGCUGUCAUGGUUUCAGUGACUGCUGUCAUGGUUUCAGUAACUGCUAUCAUGGUUUC